AGUUGUCUGUUUGUGGAGCGUCAAAGUUGAAAAAAAGAAAGAAAAGGGACAGCAUAAAUCAAUCAUCCACCCGCUCCUUCUUCUCUGGCACAACAACGCUCCUCCCACUUUCUUCUUCUUCCUUUCUUCUGUCUCUUUGUAGCUUGACGAAUGCUCUUUGAUCUUCCCCAGCUCUGAAACGUUCUAGUGUGGAAUCAAGUCUUGUCUUGAGUGUGAUCUUGAGAAGGAACAGAGAGAAAAUGGACGGUCGAAGUUGGCCGUGGAAGAAAAAGUCCACGACCGAGAAACCGGUGGUUGGAAACGAGCCAACUAAUGUCUCCUCUUUGUCCUACCUAGCAUCUCUAGAGAACCAGGAGAAGUGUAAGAACACAAACUAUGUUCAGAUAACUAUGGAUACAUACACUCAUUUGAGCAAAAUGGAGGAUCAGGUCAAACUGUUUGAGAGCCAAGUCAAGGAUCUUAAUGAAAAACUCACUACUGCACAAUCAGAGUUAAGCACUAAAGAAUGUUUGAUUCUUCAGCAUGCCAAAGUCGCCGAAGAAGCUGUUUCAGGAUGGGAGAAGGCUGAUGCAGAGACUUUGAUACUCAAACGUCAACUUGAAUCUGUUACACUCUUAAAGCUCACUGCAGAGGAUCGAGCCUCGCAUUUGGAUGAUGCUCUAAAAGAGUGCACAAGACAGAUAAGGACUGUGAAAGAUGAGAGCGAACAGAAGCUGCAAGCUGUGGUUCUCGCUAAAACCAUCCACUGGGACAAGAUCAAAGCCCAACUCGAACUAAAAAUCGAAGAACUAAACCAAGGACUACACCGAGCAGCUUCCGACAACGCGUCGCUCACUAGAACACUGCAAGAGCGGUCGGAGACGAUAGUAAGGAUUAGGGAGGAAAAGUCUAAAGCCGAAGCUGAGGUUGAGAAGUUAAAAACUAAUAUUCACCUAGCCGAGAAGGAGAUUAGUACGUUGAAGUACGACGUCCACGUGGCUUCUAAAGAAGUGGAGAUUCGCAACGAGGAGAAGAACAUGAGCUUGAAGUCGGCGGAGAACGCGAACAGGCAGUAUGUAGAAGGAGUGAAGAAGAUUGCGAAGCUUGAAGGAGAGUGUCAGAGGCUGAGAGGGCUGCUGAGGAAGAAGCUUCCUGGUCCUGGUGCUAUGGCUCAGAUGAAGCUAGAAGUUGAAUGCUUAGGACAUGAACUCACAGAUCAUAAGUGGGAAGAGUGCAAAAGAGAGAAUGUAAAUCUCACUAAACGUACACUAGAGAUGGAGGAGGAGAUUCAGACACUUAAAGAGCUUCUAGCUUCUAAAAACAAUGAGCUGAAUGUUUCUAGAAACGUGUGCGCCAAGACUCUUGGGAAGCUUAAGGCUCUUGAGGCUCAGAUGCAUGAUCAGUAUCAUCCGCCUAGUGUGACCUCGGUGUCGGAAGAUGGAUUUGAUGAAGAAGGAAGCUCAGCAACCUCAGGAGAUUCUCAUAAGGUGAGAAAAGCAAAUGUUGAUGGCUCCUCGAAGCCUAGGGUCUCUAAUAGACUUGAGUUGAUGGAUGACUUCUUGGAGAUUGAGAAGUUAGCAGCUAAUGACUCAGCUUCAAAGUCUUGCAACAGCGCCUGUAGUAGUAAGUACAGUGAGAAGGAUGAUACAGAACUUGAUCAGCUGUUAACGGUUCUGCGUUCAAGAAUCAGUAGUCUAUUUGAAUCUCAAGAGGGCAUUAGCAUUGAGAAAAUAGUUGAAGCCAUGAGACUCUCCAUCCAAGAGAUGCUAGGAUCAUCAUCACGCAAACAGCUCCCAAGUCCUUUGUUUGAAGUUGCUGAUGAAACUCAUGAGAAACAUGUUUUGUCAUCUCAGGACAAAAAGGUUGAAGAUACAUGAUCAAGCAAAGACCUUCAAGAAGAAAUGCAAAGGAAUGAGACUUGCAGAAAGGGUUCAGCAUCCAAAAGCCAACCUAAUCAGGAGAAAGACAUAGCAUCUGCAACAGAGAAGCUUGCAGCUUGCCAAGAAACGAUUCACUUACUCAGCCAGCAGUUACAAUCCUUGCAACCUCAGAGCAACCACAUUCCCAAUACUCAAUCUCCUGAGAAGAAGAUCCAACACCACAAAGCCUCAGAGGCAACACCAAACUCUGGACAAGACGAUCUUCCUCAUGAUCAUAAUAACAUUCAGCCAUCUCACUCUUUUAGACACACGGUGAAUCCAACUGUCGACGCGAUCAUCAAGUCUAGCUCGGUUUCUUCAUCUUCUAGAGAAGAUGGUGAGAAGCAUACGCGUGGAUUAGGCCGUUUCUUCUCAUCUAAAUCGAAGAACAAUGGACGUUAGCAAAGCUAGGAGAUAACACGCUCAUUAUCUGCUCGUUCGUUUCAUCUUCAUCUUCCUUCUUCAUAUGUGUAUAGGUUUAUAUGCGUUUUUAAGUGUGUGAGAAGAUACCAGUUUAGUGGAAAUCAAUCUUUGUCUUAUUACUUA